AAAAAUGACAGUCAAAGCUGUAAAGAUGCCGUGCACGGCUCCAAAUGUUUAUACUAAAGUGCCUGAUGGAGGAUGGGGUUGGACAGUUGCUUUUGCUUUCUUCUUCGUGGAAGCCCUAACGUAUGGCAUUAUAAAAUCAUUUGGUGUCUUCUUUAACGACCUGAUGGAAAGCUUUGAUGAAACCAACAGCAGGAUAUCCUGGAUAAUAUCCAUAUGUGUGUUUGUACAGACCUUCACAGCUCCUCUGUCGACGGUCCUCAGCAAUCGCUUCGGUCACCGGUUGGUGGUGAUGGCUGGGGGGGUGCUGAUCAGCACCGGCAUGGUCACCGCCUCCUUCGCCCGCACCGUCGUGCACAUGUAUGUCACCAUCGGCGUCAUCUCUGGCCUUGGAUACUGCCUCUCUUUCCUCCCGACUGUCACCAUAUUAUCACAGUAUUUUGACAAAAGACGUUCGCUGGUCACAGCAGUGGCAUCUACAGGGGAAUGUUUUGCUGUUUUCUCCUUUGCACCAGCAAUUACUGCUCUGAAGGAGCAGAUUGGCUGGAGAUACAGCCUCCUUUCUGUCGGGGUGCUGCAGCUAAGCAUCGUCAUCUGCGGAUCACUGCUGCGACCCAUUAUCAUCAAAGAGCAAGAAGAAGUGAAAGCACAGCCUCCUGAGGAGCCCACGGAGACAAAGUACAUGCUUGAAAAUGAGCAAACACGCACCUCAAUAGAGUCCAUAGACUCAGGAGUAGAAAUAACUACCUCACCCAGCAAUGUGCCUGGAAAAACCAAAGCAGAGCCGAAAACUGAAGAACCAAAGGAACACGUACAGAUACUUGCUGAAAAUAACAGCACCCCUCCAGAACCAAAAACCAAACUACUGGACUUCUCUGUGAUGAGAGACUAUAGCUUUAUCUGUUAUGCAUUAUUUGGCCUGUUUGCUACCCUGGGCUUCUUUGCUCCCUCCCUCUACAUCAUCCCCCUGAGUCUCAGCCUUGGCAUUGGCAAAGACCACUCUGCAUACAUCCUGUCUGCCAUGGCGAUUGCAGAGGUCUUUGGAAGAAUUUCAGCUGGCUGGGUCCUCAACAAAAAGCCCAUCCGCAAGAUCUACAUCGAACUCAUCUGCGUUGUUCUGCUCUCUGUAGCACUGUUUGCCUUCCCUUUUGCCUCUGAGUUCUGGGGCUUGAUGACAUGUAGCAUAUUUUUUGGGUUCAUGCUCGGGACAGUAGCGGGCACACAUAUUCCCCUCCUGGCAGAAGACGACGUGGUUGGCAUUGCAAAGAUGUCUUCUGCAGCUGGAGUCUACGUCUUCAUUCAAAGCUUAGCUGGGCUGGCUGGACCACCCCUUGCAGGUGUCUUAGUGGAUACAACACAGAACUACAGCUCAGCCUUCUACUCCUGUGCUGCUGGCAUGGUCCUGGGUGCUGUGUUUCUGUCCCUGGUGAGGCCGUGCAAGGCUGGGCUGUGCCCCCACCAGCAGCAGCAUGCAGAGCAGGGCACGGCUGAGGCUGCACCAGACGUACCAGAGGACUUUAUUGACAUGGAUAUUGGGAAGGCAGAAAAUUCAGGAAAAGGCUCUGACAGCACAGCGUAA